AUGUAUCAAGUAAAUACUAAAGCAUCCAGCUCCGGCGCGAAGUGCCUCCCUACCACGCAACUGCCAACCAGCACCGGUCUGGUCCUCCACGACUGGCACGCCGAGAUCCUGGCCCUCCGCGCAUUCAAUUACUGGCUGUUGAGUGAGAUCCGCGCAUUGAUAGAUCAUGAGAAUCAACAAUCUUCAUCACCUUCUACACCCAAGCCCUCACCCUUCAUCCGCCGUCGCCAACCCCCCAACAACAACCCACCCUUCGAACUCGACCCCUCCCUAAAGAUCUACCUCUACUGCACCACCGCCCCCUGCGGCGACGCAAGCAUGGAACUCACCAUGGCAGCGCAAGAAGACCCCACUCCAUGGGAGAUAUCCCCCUCAGAAGAAGAAGAGGCCGGUCUCCUCUCCGGCCGCGCCAACUUCUCCCAGUUAGGUAUUGUCCGCCGCAAGCCCGCGCGCGCAGACGCCCCAUCCACGAAAAGCAAGUCCUGCUCGGACAAGCUUGCCCUGCGGCAGGUGUCGUCUCUCUUGUCCAGGGGAAUGAGUCUGCUAGUGGCUGUCACGGAGAAUGCGUAUCUGGCGGGCGUGGUGAUGCCCCGCGAAGAGGUGAGUGAGACGGGGUGUGUGAGGGCUUGGGGGGCUGAUGGGAGGAUGGGCCCUUUGUUAUCGAGGUUUGAAGAAGGAGGAGGGGGUGGGUACGGGUAUCAUCCGUUUAAGGUUCUCUCUGUCGAUACGGAGGUCGUGGAGGAGUUGUGGGCGUUUGGCAAACCGAAGAGCAAGGAGGCCGGGAUGAAGUGUAAGCCGGGGAAUAUUUCUGCUGUUUGGACGGCUGCACCGGUUCUUGGGGGUGCUUCUGGUGGUGGGGUGGAUCGCUAUGCGGCGGAGAAUGGGGCGAAGCAGUUGGCUAAAUUGAGUGGUUCGUGGACUGGGUUGUAUGAGACGAUCAUAGGUGGUAUGAAGCAGGGGUAUAAGGCGUCGGUGCCGGUGGGGAAGGGCGCGUCGGCGCUGUCGAGGGCGAAGAUGUGGGGGGCGUUGAGGGGGUUGUUGGAUGGUGGUGAUGGUGUUGGUGAUGGUGUUGGUGAUGGUGUUGGUGAUGGUUCUGCGGGAGAGGGACAGCAGGUGGUUAGGGCGGCAUCGUAUAAGGAGUUUAAGAGGGCUGCGCUGGAGACGCCUGCAGGCAAGGCGCGGGAACGGGCUAUGCUGGAGGCCAAGAAGGUGCUGCUGCCGUGGGUGCCGAAUAAUGGGGAUGAUGAAUGGGGCUUGGAGGUGUUGGUGGAUAAUAAGGGGAAGAAGAGAAAGCGUGAUGACAUUAAAAAGAGUAAAGAUGUCCAAUCUAGCUAA